AUGCUUCGUCUUCCUCGUCUCGUCAACGCUCAUGCGCUCAAGGGCUGUGCUCGUCAACAUGCUGCAAAGAGUAUCCCUAUGAGAAAUUAUUCCAUGCUACAUGCCAAGACAGCUGUGAUGGCUGCUCCUGCCAAGCGCGUCUUUGAACCAACAUCAUUCGGUGCUUCCAAGAUUGUUGCUUUAGCUACUAUGACCACGGCCGCCUCUGCUCCAUUGUUUUACAAACCUUCCGUGCAAUGUCAAGCUGCUGCUGCUAAAUUCAAUUCUAUCCAUGACACAUUUGAAGCCGCUAACUACGAGAACCAAAAGAUCAAUGCGCACCACAGCAAGCCUCUCUUCAACAAGGGCGAGCUUACAUUCGGUACGUUUCUUGGUAUUUGCACCGGAUUUCUGGUAAAGAAGGUGGGCAAGAUUUUUGCUGCGUUUGUGGGCACUGGGUUUGUGUUUUUGCAAUAUCUCUCUCAGCAGGGAUAUGUCACUAUUCAUUGGGAUCGUUUGGAGGGUGGAUAUACCAAUGCAUUGGAUGUCGAUAAGGACGGCAAGGUCAGCAAGCGUGAUCUUACAUCCAGAUGGCAAAAGUUUGUCAACUUUUUGACAAACAACCUCCAAUUCAAGUCUACCUUUUUGAUUGGAUUUUAUGCUGGUAUUCGCUAUGGAUAA